GGGGUAGCAGCCAGCUUCAGGUGCCCAAGAACUUGGCACUGCCCGGUUCCAUCUAAAGGGCCACAUCUUUCUUCUGGGUGGCACAGUUGAACCGAAAGUCUAAAAUUAACUCCAUUAUCAAGAUGUCUGACGAUAUUGACUGGUUACACAGCCGCAGAGGCGUGUGCAAGGUAGAUCUCUACAGUCCAACAGGGCAGCAAGAUCAGGACCGGAAAGUGAUAUGUUUUGUUGAUGUGUCAACCCUGAAUGUGGAAGAAAGUGACUCCAAGGAUGCUACUUGCUCCAGUCCAGGUGACUUAAGCCUGGGGAAUCUGGAAGAGAAAGAGAUUAUUGUGAUCAAGGAUACUGAGAAGCAAGACCAGUCUAAGACAGAGGGAUCUGUGUGUCUUUUCAAACAAGCUCCCUCCGACCCCAUAAGUGUCCUUAACUGGCUUCUCAAUGACCUCCAGAAGUAUGCGUUGGGUUUCCAACAUGCACUGAGCCCCUCAGCCUCUAGUUGUAAACACAAAGUAGGAGAUAUGGAAGACGACUAUCACAAAUUAGCAUCUGGGAACUGCUUCAGCGUCUAUGCUGACCAAUUGAACAUGGACUAUUUGGCCAACGGACCUCACAACCUACGUCUAGAAAUGACAGCCGCCAAAAAUACCAAUAAUAAUCAGAGCCCUUCCAGUCCUCCAGCUAAGUCUCCCAGUAGCCAGAGGGCAGUCAUCUCGCCUGAUGGUGAAUGUUCUAUGGAUGACCUGUCCUUUUAUGUCAACCGGUUAUCUUCUUUGGUCAUCCAGAUGGCCCGCAAAGAAAUCAAGGACAAGCUGGAAGGUGGAAGCAAAUGUCUUCAUCACUCAAUAUACCCCACCUGUGGGGAAAAAGGCAAAAACAGCCCCCGCAGUGCUGUGAGCAAGAUUGCUUCUGAAAUGGCCCACGAUGCUGUGGAAGUGACCUCUGCAGAAAUGCGGGGCAAUGGGGAAGAGUGUAGAGAGGGUGGCCGGAAAGCUUUUCUGUACAGUGAACUGUGCAACAAAAACAAGGGUACAGAGAAACAGAUGUGCCAGAAAGAUAGCAAGGAAUUUGCAGAUUCUAUCAGCAAAGGGCUCAUGGUCUACGCCAAUCAGGUGGCAUCUGAUAUGAUGGUGUCAGUGAUGAAGACCUUGAAAGUGCAUAGUUGUGGGAAGCCGAUUCCAGCCUGCGUAGUGCUGAAGAGAGUGUUGUUGAAACAUACCAAGGAUAUUGUAUCUGAUCUGAUUGACUCCUGCAUGAAGAAUUUACAUAACAUCACAGGGGUUCUGAUGACUGACUCCGACUUUGUCUCGGCUGUCAAGAGGAAUUUGUUCAAUCAUGGAAAACAAAAUGCGGCUGACAUCAUGGAAGCCAUGCUGAAGCGCCUUGUCAGUGCUCUGCUCGGUGAGAAGAAAGAGACUAAAUCUCAGAGUCUGGCAUAUGCGUCUUUGAAAGCUGGGUCCCAUGAUCCCAAAUGCAAAAACCAAAGUCUGGAAUUCUCAGCCAUGAAAGCCGAGAUGAAGGGGAAAGACAAAUGCAAGGCCAAACCAGAUCCAUGCAAGUCAUUGACCAGUGCCGAGAAAGUCAGUGAACACAUUCUCAAGGAAAGCCUCACCAUGUGGAAUCAAAAGCAAGGAAACCAAGGCAAGGCAGUUGGUAAAGCAUGCACCAGCAGAGAAGAAAGGAAAGAAAAGAUCAGUCCUUCCACUGAUUCAUUGGCAAAGGACUUAAUUGUCUCUGCCCUUAUGCUGAUCCAGUAUCACCUGACCCAGCAGGCCAAGGGCAAAGAUACACUUGAAGAUGACUGUCCUGGUUCUUCCAUGGGCUACAUGAGCCACAGUACUCAAUAUGAAAAGUGUGGGAGUGGCCAAAGUGCCAAGACUAUCUCCAUGAAACAUCAAGAAACCCAUGGAGCUUCUGGAUCAUCUACCUGUACCAAGGAAAGUCAAUUGGACUCCCAAAAACUGGAUAUGUCAAACAUGGUUCUGUCCCUGAUUCAGAAACUGCUCAGUGAGAGCCCCUUUAGCUGUGAUGAUUCCUCUGAAGGUGAGAGCAAGCGCUCUGAUGGCAAGGUGAGCAGAGGAACUACCAUGCCCAGAAGACCUGAGCGAAUCGAAGAACCAUGCCCGGACAGUCAAGAUCUUGAUUUUAUCAGUGGGAUGAAGCAAAUGAACCGCCAAUUCAUAGAUCAGUUGGUCGAAUCUGUGAUGAAGUUGUGUCUGAUCAUGGCUAAGUAUAGCAACAAUGGGGCUGCCCUCGCUGAGUUAGAAGAACAGGCAGCCAUGGCAAAUAAUGCCAAUUACUAUCCUGGCAGUUCCAGAUGUCAUGGUGGCAUGAUGUCACAGGGCUAUCAAGACUCUCCUGGACCUGAAGUCAUUGUCAAUAAUCAGUGCUCAACGAGUAGCUUGCAGAAGCAGCUCCAGGCUGUCCUCCAGUGGAUUGCAGCAUCCCAGUUUAACGUUCCCAUGCUGUACUUCAUGGGCGAUGAUGAUGGACAACUGGAGAAGCUUCCAGAAGUGUCAGCUAAGGCAGCCGAGAAGGGUUAUAGCGUAGGAGACCUGCUUCAAGAGGUCAUGAAGUUUGCCAAAGAACGGCAACUUGAUGAGGCUGUUGGAAACAUGGCCAGAAAACAACUUCUGGACUGGCUGCUUGCUAACCUGUGAGCCUGUAAAACCGUCAACUCCUCUCCAUCAUAUUCCCCACCCCCAUUCCCCCACAGCAUCGUCCAACCCCAGCCCAAACACCCCCACCAUC